AUGUCAAGAAAACACAAAAGGGGGUACUUUAGUCCUGACGUUAAUGAGCAACAACCAAUUACCAUCUUUCUCAACCACGGUGGUGGCGAUAGAAGCAGUGGCGGCGGUGGAAGGAUUAUUGGAAGAAACAAAAAGAGGAUCAUUGAAAGUUUUACGUUGCCAAAAGACUCAACAAUGUCUACUCCUGUGAGGUUCCUUAUACAGAUUGGGACAAAGGUGGCAAGUGCUAUAAGAGAUGUUUCUAUGAGGAGGAGAUCCUCAAGAAAAGUUUCUUCUUCUUCUUCUUCCACUUUGGUGAGAUCAUACUCAGUAUCAGAUCACACUACUGAUUCGCAUCGAGCUGAAGCUGUGGAAGAUUGCAUUGAGUUCUUGCAUUCUUCUUCAACUAGGGAAAGACCAAGUUGA